AUGCCUCGUUUAAGGCUGUUCAAGCUGUUGUCUAGGAUGAUUUCGUGUAGGAGGCAGACCCUGAUGACGUGGACAUCAAUACUCAUUCUGGUGUUAAUAUGGGCUAAUAUGCAUCUACUAUCAUGUGUCACAGAGAACUCGGAACAAGUGCCUUCUAACGCAGACAUCCGCAGAUCAAAUCCAUCACCUGCAAAGAGACAACAAGUUCGACAAUUUGCUCCAUUUGAGGUGGAAUCAAUGAAACUGCCCAUUAAUCCAGAUAAAGCCCUUCUUUACGGAACGAGGAGACAGAAUCAGAGUGAGCUGACGAUUGGAAUCCCAACGGUACGUCGAAACGGCGUUGACUACCUUGAAAGGACUCUAUACUCAUUAAUUACAUAUUCUAAAGCGCCUCAGCGAAAGUCUAUGGUGGUUGUCGUCUUUAUGGUUGACAAAAACGAGACGUGGGUCAAGUCAAGAAGCAAACAAAUAGCCACUAAAUUCCCUAAGCUUAUACAGAACGGGUUUUUACAGAUCAUUCAUCCUCACGAUCAAAGUAUAUACCCCGAUUUUAAUAAACUUAAACGAACGUUUAACGACACUGCAGCCAGAGUAGCCUGGCGGUCAAAACAGAACAUAGAUUAUGCUUAUCUUUUCUCGUACAGUAAAAACAUAUCUCGAUAUUAUCUUCAUCUUGAAGAUGACGUAAUCGCGGCUCACAAUUAUUACGAUGAUAUAUUGAAUUUCAUACAAUCGAAAUCAAACACUUUCUGGUAUUGUCUAGAAUUUUCCUUCUUGGGAUUUAUUGGUAAAUUAUUUCGAUCGUCCGACCUUCAGGAAUUGUCAGAAUAUAUAUUGAUGUUCUUCGAUGAACAGCCCGGUGAUCUUUUGCUAAGUGCCAUGAAACAUAUCAAAACUCAAUGGAAAGAUAUUCGAACUGAAAAAUCUUUGUUCCAACACAAAGGCAUAGUUUCAUCCUUGACCGACAAAACACAGAAACUCGUUGACGGGCGUUUCAAAGACUCAUUUGGGCAGCAAUAUUCUCGUAAACGAUUUUACCAUGUGAAUCCUUCUGCUGUGAUCGAUUCUAAAAUCGAAACUUAUUCCGAUUAUGAACCCGUACAUGCAUAUGAUUUAUCUGACAAAUACUUUUGGGGCGUCAACCCUAAACAAGGAGAUUACUUCAGGUUAAUAUUCGAAGGUCAUCAAAACAUUAGCCGGUUAUUCAUCGAUUCUGGUGAAGCUACAAAGCAAUCGGACAUGUUACACCAUGCUAGACUGCUUGUAUCUAAUUCCGAAAUACCUUGUCAAAAUCUGGUUCAUAUCACCGACUUUGUAGAUGGUGACGUUGACACCAGGAAAUCUAACAUUUCAUUGCCUGAAAAUAUAGACUGCAUCGUGAUUGAAAUCACCGCCAACCAAAGUGACUGGGUCAUUAUUAGAGAGAUUGCCGUAUUUCUCCCCGGCGAGUCGGAGAAGGAAGCAGAAAAGGAUUCGAGAUCUGCACAAUCACAUGGCGAAAGCAAAAUAUUGAAAUGGCAGACAUGGAAGAAACAAUCUAAACCCAAGAUCAGGGCACCGAGGUUUGAGAAUGGUAAGCUCAUUAUUCCUGGCGAAAUCAAGAAUCAGUAUCAGCGGAAACAACAAUUUAAUGACGCGAUUCACCAAAAUAAUGUACAUAAAAUCAAGCCCCAUGAGAUGGUUGGACAACGUAGGCAGAACAGAGAACACGAACAAAAGGAAAUUAACGAAAAACUAAUGCAGAACACGUUUGACCGCAAGCGUGGUCAGGCAAAUGGUGUACUUCCACAAUUAAAUGACCCAAAGUUAUCAGAACUUUGGCAACAACAAAAUAAAAUUGAUAUGCUGAUGAAAAUGGAUGAAAUGGCACAAAAAUUACGGAGAAACCCUCCACCAAAAAUUCAAGGACGAAACGUACGUGUGAUACAUCGUGAUAGAAAGGAAAACAUGAAAAAAUGA